AUAGCCACAAAAUCUCAGAAAAACCAAGAGAUAGCUCGGGGAUUACAAGAUACAGGUCAGCCAAUAAGCCGAUUUUUUUCCAAGAAAAAAGUGAAACGCGAAAAGCAGGCCUUAAAAUAUGAGACAGAGAACCGUCUGACAAAUAUCCAAUGCCGAUGGGUCGGACAUAUUGUGAUAUGACUGAUAUCGGAUGGAUGCCCAAUGACUUUGAGUUUCAGUUUGGCUUGGAAAUAUGUAUGAAUAUCAGUACAAUUUGGAAAAGUACAAUCUGAAUCUUGGUAAAAAUCCGCGGUGAAAAUCCUGCACUUAGUUACACAUUUCCAGUUCAUUGUUUAUACUGAUAGGGCUUAAAAUAAUGGGAGAUAGGUCUCCGGUCAAAAUGAUCGGUCAACUUGAUUUUUGCUCGGUCAAAAUCUGUUUUUGACCGGUCAUUGAUACGUUUACAUGCAGUUACACUAACGUUAAGUGAAACAAACUAUUAGAAACUUGUUUCGACACAUCAUAGUUUCAUGUUUUAAUUCAAGACGUCCGCAAUCACAUUGGAAGGCAUGAAAAUGUGGCCAGUCAGAAUGACCGGGAGAGGUAAAAAAGUGACCCUGAGUGAGGCUUCUGGUCUUAUUUUCUAUUCUGUGCAGCAAGUGUCACCAUGGAUAAUAAAAUAAAUGGAUUGGAAACUUCUGACGUCAUUGACUGCAUCCUUGUUAAAAAACGUGACGUCACGCGUAUUGCGAAUGUUACCAAAGUUCUCGGCAUUUUUGUUGUUUUGCUAUAUUUUCCACUUUAAAAGAGUGAUCUUGAAGCGUAAACUGGUCUAAUUGUUUUAAAAACAUGCCUAAGCCACGACAAAGUAUUCAAGGUAAAUGUUUUUCGUCUUUGUUUUGUAUUUUUUUACAUUUGUAGGUACGAUAUUGGCGUCACAAAUUUUUGCGAAAUUUGCGAUGUAUUUUUCACUGUUUAGUGCUUGAAAUAUUUGCUAAAAUUGACUGGGAAUACUUAGAGUUUUCAUCGUAGAAUGGCGUGGUUACAUUUAUUUGCUCUUUGACUAAAAUGUUUAGCUGUAUUAUUGCUAAACAUGCCGUUUUUGAGAAUUUGGUUUUCAACUAGGUCACAGAAUAGGAAGUUAUACCAGAAGCGUAACUCUCGUCGUUUCCCUUAUUGUUUGACGUCCACGAAAAUUUUAACUCGCUCACGUCAGGCCACGCCAUCCUGGCUAGUACAGCCGGAAGUUUUUAUCAGGAUUUGGUAGGUACAAAGUGCCGGUUGUACUAGCCAGGAUGGCGUGAUUGAUGACGAAUAGCUUGUAAAAACGCGGACAAAUAUUUGCUCGAGUUACGCUUCUGGUAUAACUUCCUAUUCUGUGACUAGGUUGAGGCACCCAGCCACGCCAUCAAUCCCAGUAAAAACAUUAGGUCACGUCAGCUAGUUUCAUAUCCAUUUAUUUUAUUAUCCAUGGUGUCACACACGUCAUCUAGCGUGCGAAAUUCGUGAUCCGCAAGGCGAAAAUCGCGGACACGAAAAUGUUAGGAAAGGAUAUACAGUGAGGCUUCUGGUCCAUUUUCUUUUCUGUGCAGCAAGUGUCACACACGUCAUCUAGCGUGCGCAAUUCGUGAUCCGCAAGGCGAAAAUCGCGGACACGAAAAUGUUAAGGAAAGGUGUACAGUGAGGCUUCUGGUCUAUUAUAUAUUCUAUGAUACUACACAGAAGUCCACCCCCAUUGUUUUUUGCGUAAGCGUUAUUCGUCAUGAUUCGUCACUCAGCAAGUACCGUAAACAGGAGCAGUCACCCCCCUGGACGUUCGCCAUUUUUAGUAUUUCCAGGGGGGACUGCUUCUGUCUACGGUACUUGCUGAGUGACGAAUCAUGACGAAUAGCGCUUACGCUAAAAACCAUAGAUUAAGUAAGGAUAUAUACUUCAUCUGUGCUAAAAACAAUGGAGAUGGACUUCUGUAGUAUUCUGUGCUCUAGUCCUGGACUAGGGUACAUUUUGAUUUACGUCGGACAAAGUUACAGCUACGGGUAUAGGUCGCACAUCAAUCACUCGGAUCGGACAAACAAUAAACCUCAGUUUCACGUCUUAGGUCGGACUGAAUGUCUGGUGGUUUUCUCUAUACGACGGACAAUAGUGAGCUUAAGCAAGUGACGUUUUUGACAACACGAACGGCAUGAGUAACGUCAGAAGACUGGGUCAAGGACUGUGAUUGGUGAAAAACGUCAACUUUACUUCCGGUCGACGUCCGUGUUGUCAAAAACGUCACUUGCUUAAGCUCACUAAUUUCGUCACGGACCUGACGGAUUUUAAGGCCUGCGAAAAGUAUUAGCUGUUUUACGAAAUCUGAACUGAAAAUUAAUUUGCGUUUUUGACAUGUCUAGAACGUAGAGCGAGUGUUGUUUUUGCUGAAACAAUUACGAUGCUUUACGAAGAUGUCGCAAGGAUUGUUGAAGCUCAUCAGCCACUGGUAGAGACUUAUUACGGUAGUUUUUUAUCCGUACAUUUUAUUAUAUGCCAAGUCCUGUUAACAACUUGUAACAACUUUGUUGAUAUUAUUAGACUUGUUGCAAGGUUGUUCCAAUAAAUCUGAUACAGUCAUUAGCCUAUAUAACAAAAUACAACCUUGUGUCGUCAACGUUGUAACAUUCUUGUUAUAUCAUGACUGUAUCGGACUUGUUUGAACAACCUUGUAACAAGUCUGAUAAUGCCACCAAGCUUGUUACAAGUUGUUAACAGCUUGUUUCAAACUUGUUACAACAAACUGGGAACAAGCAGUGCGAACACAACUUGUCAACGGCUUGUGAAUAGAUUUGUAACAACUUGUUUGCAGACCUGUAACAACUUGUGCGUUUUUACGUGUGUAAGCGAAGCGUGCAUCCAGAUCACCUUUGCGAGCGCGUGUAUACACGAGUAUGCUAACACAAGUAAAAACUCACAAGUUGUAACAAACCUGCAGCAGAUUUGUAGCAAUGCUGUUCCAACAACUUGUCAACAGAAUGCGUUCGCACUCCUUGUUCCUAGCUUGUUGACAAGUUUGUCAACGGCUUGUUGAUAACUUGCUACAAGGUUGUUGAAAAGUCAAUUUGUUCUGUAGGACCUGGCCAUAUCUUUCCUCUUCUGAAAAAGCUGCAGGUUUGUGUGAAUCAUAUAUACUGAGAAAAAACAGUUUCAAAUUCAUAAAAUUCGUUGGCUCGAGCGGGAUUUGAACUCGCAUCUUCGGGUAUCUAGACCACCGCUCUACCCAUUGAGCUAUCGAGUCAACGGGGAUUGGUAGCGAGUCUUAUCCAAUUUAAGUGCACGAAAUAUUUUCGUGACAACUUAACGCUUGUCUUAGAGGACGCGCAGUGUUCAGAAAAUCUUAGAACAUUGGGUUUCAACUCUCAAUUUCCAGACAUUAUAACUAAAUAUUUCAUAUGUAUUAACAUACUUCAUUGUACGUUCAUUUACUGCAGCAAGAAUGCGACAGACAGGCUGAAGCAAUCACAAACCAAUUUACAAAUAAGAGAGAUUUUUAUGCAAAGGUAGGUUGUAGCAUUGAUUGA